CCAUUCCCCAUAUCGCUCUCCCAUUCCCCAACAAAUGCCCAAACCUCUGGCUAUGCGUCUGGCAGUCUGCAGACUCCUCUUGAAUGAUUGUCUCACUGGGUGCAGUAAAGCCGCACAGUCUCAGAGAUAGUGAUGAACGACCUCUCUAGCGUAGCUCCGAGAGACCAGCAUUGUUGUUCUUGCAAUCCCUUUCCUCCUCUAUUCUUCUACACUGUCAUACCCCUCUUUCUUCUGGGUCUCUUUGUCUCCAUUUUCAUACUCAUUGUUGUCCACAACGCCCUCUUCUUUGCCUGUUUUCUUGUGCUUUCGGCUCUAGUCCUCGCCUUCAUUGUCUGGAAUACCCAUCACUGGAAGACUAAAAGGGCAAUACUUUUCUUUCUUCGCACUCUUCCUGAGUCUGACCUUAGAGUGGCUCGUGAGGGACAGCUCGUUAAGAUCACUGGGAUUGCAUCAUGUGGGAGUGUCGCUCUGGAAUCUUCCUAUGAAAAAGCUACCAGAUGUGUCUAUGCAUCUACUCUUUUGUACGAGUACAGAGGUUUUGAUUUCACACCGGUGAAUCUCAAGAGAUCAUGCUUUCGGUGGAGUUUAUCAUAUUGUGAGAGGGCCGCCACUGACUUUUACAUAACUGAUAGAAAGUCUGGUGUCAGAGCUUUGGUGAAAGCCGGUUCUGGAUGUAAAGUUAUGCCCCUGGUCAUCGAGAGCAAACUUGUGAAUACUACCAGAAGAUGCAGAACUUUAUCACCUCACCUGAAGAAAUGGUUAAGAGAAAGAAACCUCUCAGAAGAAGCCCGUCAACUACGUCUUGAAGAGGGGUACGUUCAGGAAGGCAGUUGUAUGACUGUGAUUGGAAUGUUGCAGCGAAAUAAUGAUAUAUUAAUGAUUAUGCAACCACCAGAGAUCAUCUCCUCAGGAUGUCUCCACCAAAGGCUUCUUCUCCCAGUUGACAUUGAUGGGUUGAUCCUCCUACAGGUGCCUCAAAUGGCCAGCCUUGUGACAAACCAAGAGUCAGUGCACCAACCAGACCGGCUAUCCCCGUUCAACAAAACCACACACCCCCCCCUUUUUCCCAACCCAAAACCAAAUGGAUUUUCUGGCUUUUAUUCUGAAGACAAAAUCCCGUAGAGAGGCUAUCUCAAAAGAGCUACUGCUACCAUCAGAGGAACUACGAAAGGGCUGACUCAUUCUCUCUCUUAGAAGAAAAAGAAAAAACCAAGGGAAUCCACUCAACUGUGAAGCUGAUCUUUGUGAAGUGUAGAGGUUCCCAUUAACAAGACAUAGUUGACUAAGGGAUAAGGCCAAACAUAAAUAUAUUAGAUGCGUGACAUAUGAGAUAAUUAGGAGCUCGUAAUGUUUUAAUUUUGUGGUAAAACAUUCUGUAGAAAUUUGGCCCUAAUUUAGAUUAUAAUUCUUCUGAAUUUUCAGUGGCCAUGUAUCGUCGCCUGUAAAAUAGUUGUUUCUUCAUCGAACUUCAUUUAUACUAAAAUCUACUGAUUUUGUGGAGUUCCCACUGUUACCUGAA